CGAAAAAAAGGAGCUCUGUGGAAUGAGAAAGCCAGAUCCAAUAAUGGGGAAGGACAAAGGGAAUAAUAACAAAAUAAAACUUAGAAAAGGGUUGUGGUCACCAGAAGAGGAUGAGAAGCUCAUGAAUUAUAUGAUAACAAACGGCCAAGGAUGCUGGAGUGACAUUGCUAGAAAUGCAGGUCUCCAGAGGUGUGGCAAGAGUUGUCGGCUUCGGUGGAUCAAUUACUUGAGACCAGACCUCAAACGAGGCGCAUUUUCACCUCAAGAAGAAGAACUCAUUGUUCAUUUGCAUUCCAUUCUCGGAAACAGAUGGUCACAAAUUGCGGCACGUCUACCAGGGAGGACAGACAAUGAAAUCAAGAACUUUUGGAAUUCCACAAUAAAAAAAAGGUUGAAGAACAACAAUGCCAUUACUUCUACAUCAUCACCUAACACCAGUGAUUCCUCAGACCCCAGAGCUAUCAUGUUAGGAGGGCUAAUGCAGCCCAUGCAGGCAGAACAAGACGUAUUCUCUAUUUGCAUGGACUCAUCUUCAUCAUCUCCACCAUGCAUGCAAGCCAUGCUCAGUAUAACACAAGGCAACCCUUUCAACCCCUUUCCUCCACUUCAUGAUAGCGCUGCUUAUCUGGACAUCAACGGCUCCGCGUCGGCCGCUGGAGCUGCUGGCUUAUAUAAUUUGUCAGCGGCCCAUGUUGGUGGCGGAGGCGGUGGCAGUGCCGGAAGUUUAGGAGACUAUGGUUUGGUAGAGCCGUAUGUGAUGGGGUUGGAAAGUGACCUUUCUCUUCCUGCAUUGGAAGGUAGGGCCUUUGAUAAUAUUAAUGCUGCAAAUGAUCAGAGUGUUCUUGACAAAAGACUGGUCCAUAAUAACCACCACUUCAACGGUAAUGAAAGCAUCAAAGUAGUAGAUGAUUUUGUGGGAAUUGGAAAUCAUUGGAAUGGAGAAAACUUGAGAAUGGGUGAACUGGAUUGGGAGGGUUUGUUGGCUAAUGUCUCUUCUUUACCUUACCUUGAUUUUCAAGUUGAAUAACUCUUUGUUUUCCUUGGCUUUUUCAAAAUCUUAAAUCCUAUUUUUCUGAUAAAAAUUUUUU